UCUCACCUUUGUUUCCUUCACCUUACCCUCCUCCUCUCCCCCAUCACCACCCACUGAAGCCAUGGAUGAUCAGAACCAGGACAACUAUGGCGGCCCAAACCUGCAGAGAUCUGCCAUGGAGCCGCUGCGCACCCGGUGGACGCCGAAGCCCGAGCAGAUCCUCAUACUGGAAUCCAUCUUCAACAGCGGCAUGGUGAACCCUCCCAAGGAUGAGACGGUGAGGAUCCGCAAGCUGCUGGAGCAGUUCGGCUCCGUCGGGGACGCCAAUGUCUUCUACUGGUUCCAGAACCGGCGGUCGAGGUCGCGUCGCCGCCAGCGGCAGCUACAGGCCAGCCUCAUGGCUGAUCCGAGAGCCGCAGGGGUUGUGCAGCAUGCCAGUGGUGCAGCAACCUCGUCAUCCAGCAAUUCUCCCGCAGGAGGAUUCUUUGCUUGCUCUUCUUCUACUUCUGCUGCUGCCUCCUCCUCUAACUUCGUGAUCGAUGAUAACGCAGACGACCUCUUCUCGAUCUCUCGCCAGAUGGGCUUCAUGGAGGCCACUCAGGCUCCUCCUUUUAUGUGCUCUUCUGAUGUCUCGCACUUGCACAACCAGCCAGAGACUAUAACUGUGUUCAUCGAUGGAGUCGCUUCUGAGGUUCCAAAAGGACCUAUAGACUUGAGAGCUGCCUUUGGUCACAAUGUGAUGCUUGUCCAUUCCUCCGGGCAGCUUCUACCUAUCAAUGACGAUGGAAUUCUCAUGCAGAGCUUGCAGAUGGGUGAAAGUUACUUCUCGGUUACAAGGCCUACUUAGCAGUUUGAUCGAGAACACAAGAUGCACAGUGUCCAGACUCGAAGCUUAUUUCGCUGCCGUAGUAUCUGCAGACUGAAUCAUCCUUGUUAUUCUAUGUCAAACUUCUAUGGUUAGAGAAGGUGUAACCUUGCACUUGUUAUGAUCAUGGUUGUCAAGAACUUGAAGUA